AAAAUAGAGGGAGGGGUCUGACUGGAUGGGUCCUUAAAAAGGAGAGGAGGGAGAGGAAGAACUCAACUCAGAGGCAGGACAGAGAGAGAGAAAAUAGUGAAAACCUUUGAAGAAGUGAAGCUACAACUGAAGACUUCAGAAGGAGACAAUCACCAUGGCGAUGUUGACCACUCUUCUGCUUCUGAGCGCUGUCUUUGCUCUGGGAGAUGCAAGGGGUAGCAGAGACUGUGAUCGCAGAGCCUGCCCACCUGGCUGGCCCAGCGAUUCAACACACUGCUAUCACUACGUCCCCAUCAUGGCCACAUGGCCAGAGGCAGAGAGGAAAUGUUUGCUCCUGGGAGGUAACCUGGCAUCAGUGCACAGCCUUCCCCAGUAUCGUUUCCUUCAGUCUGUCAUCAGGAAUAGUACCAGGAAAGUCCAGCGCACCUGGAUAGGAGCCAACGAUGCCAUCAAGGAGGGUCUCUGGCUGUGGAGCGACGGGUCCAGGUUUAACUACCAGAACUGGGCCCCGGGUCAACCCUCUAACUCUGACCACUUUGUUGUGAAAGACAACACGAACAGUCGGGAGCAUUGCAUGGAGAUGAACUAUGGAGCUUCUCGCGGUCAGAACGAUGCCCCUUGCUGGUACAAACGUCCCUUCCUGUGUUCCAGAAAGCGCUGAUGUCCACAUUUUGGAAGAGACGACAUUGGAGAAGCUCUCUAAAGAUGAGAUUGUUUUAAAUAAAGACACCAUCUGCAAUGUUA